GGGGGGGAAGGGAGGACACUCGGGGAAGCGGCCAGCGGGUCUCGCUUUCGUACCCGUGAGGCCGAGCCGCCGGUGCCGCUGCGCUGCCUCGCUCCUUGCCGCGCCUCCCCUUGCCGCCCGUUGGCGGCGGCCCGGGCGGAGCCGGGAAGCCAUCUUUACACACACACCCCCGCCGCCGCUGCAAGGGAUGGUACAGGCCGGCGGGUCAGUGUGUGUCAGGCGCACGGAGCCACGGGACGGGCCGGGGCGGGGGAGCCCGGAGCCGCGGAGGCCUGACCCAUGUGCUGAGCUCUCACUAUGAAUGCUAUCGUUGCCCUCUGCCAUUUUUGUGAGCUCCACGGUCCUCGCACCCUCUUUUGUACUGAGGUUCUGCAUUCACCGCUUCCUCAAGGCGCAAGCAGCGGGGACGUCUCCGGGCAGAAUGAGCAGGCGGAAGAAGAAGAAGGCGGCAUUCAGAUGAGCAGCAGGAUCCGCUCGCACAGCCCAGCAGAAGGUGCCAGUGCUGACUCCAGCAGCCCAGGGCCGAAAAAGUCAGACAUGUGUGAGGGUUGCCGCUCUCUUGCAGGAGGACAUCCUGGAUAUGUCAGCCAUGACAAAGAGACUUCAAUCAAGUAUGUCAGUCACCAACACCCAAAUCACCCCCAGCUGUUCAGUAUUGUGCGUCAGGCCUGUGUUCGCAGUCUGAGUUGUGAGGUCUGCCCAGGACGUGAAGGCCCUAUUUUUUUUGGAGAUGAACAGCAUGGCUUUGUGUUCAGCCAUACCUUCUUUAUCAAAGACAGCCUGGCUCGUGGUUUCCAGCGCUGGUACAGCAUCAUCACUAUCAUGAUGGACCGGAUUUAUCUCAUCAACUCCUGGCCUUUCUUGUUGGGAAAAAUCAGAGGCAUCAUUGAUGAACUUCAGGGCAAAGCGCUCAAGGUGUUUGAAGCAGAGCAGUAUGGGUGCCCUCAGCGUGCCCAGCGGAUGAACACAGCGUUCACUCCCUUCCUGCACCAGCGGAACGGCAAUGCAGCCCGCUCCUUAACCUCACUGACCAACGAUGAAAACCUGUGGGCAUGUUUGCAUACUUCCUUUGCUUGGCUUUUGAAAGCUUGUGGCAGCCGACUUACAGAGAAGCUUCUGGAGGGAGCACCGACAGAAGACACCCUUGUUCAGAUGGAAAAACUUGCAGACCUGAAAGAAGAGUCAGAAGGAUGGGAUGGUUCUGAGGAAGAAGAGAAGCCUUCUGCCCAGACAGAUGUUGCAGAAGGGCAGGAGCUGUCUAAAUGUCCACCUGAAACAUCUCUGAUGCCAGACUGCAACAGCUGGAAUGUAGCUCACAGAAGGCUGUCUGUCUUUCGCUCCCUCAGGCACAUGAGACAGGUUCUCGGGGCAUCAGCAUUCCGCAUGCUGGCUUGGCAUGUUCUGAUGGGGAACCAGGUCAUCUGGAAAGCUCGAGACAUGGAUCUGGUCCAGUCUGCUUUUGAUGUGCUACGGACCAUGCUGCCUGUUGGUUGCGUGCGGAUCAUCCCCUACAGUGACCAGUAUGAAGAGGCAUAUCGUUGUAACUUCUUAGGGCUUAGCCCACAUGUACAGAUCCCGUCCCACAUAUUAUCAUCUGAGUUUGCAGUCCUAGUGGAAGUUCGCACUGCUACCCGGUCCAGUCUCUACCCAACUCUUUUUGAUGAUGAGCAGUCCCUCAACAAGUAUGAGUUUGUUGUCACCAGCGGUAGCCCUGUUGCAGCAGAUCGAGUUGGCCCUACCAUCUUGAACAAGAUUGAAGCUGCUCUGACCAACCAGAACCUGUCUGUAGAUGUUGUGGAUCAGUGCCUUGUUUGCCUGAAGGAAGAGUGGAUGAACAAAGUGAAGGUCCUCUUUAAAUUCACUAAAGUGGACAGCAGACCCAAGGAGGACACCCAAAAACUGUUGAGCAUCCUGGGAGCUGCAGAGGAGGACAACGUCAAGCUUCUGAAGUUCUGGAUGACUGGCCUGAGCAAGACAUACAAGUCCCACCUGAUGUCAACCGUUCGCAGCCCAACUUCCUCGGAGUCCCGGAACUAAGGGGUGCCCAGCCUCACUUGCUGCCCUCAGAUACCUGCAGGGAACCCGGAGUUAUCACUGCUAAGCCUGCAGCGUGUGCACAGUGGAACUUCAUCACUAUUCUUGUGGUCCUCAAACUAACUUGAAGAGUGACUUGAGUCCUUUCCUAAUUGCUGUGAGACUGGACUAAAAGUGCUAAUAAAUAAUGCUGCUGUCUGUUCUGAAAUUCAGCUCUAAAUCUAGACCUGCAGACUCAAGACUAAAAUUCAGCAACAUGCAAAGAACCAGCAUGAGUUAAUUAAAAUCCCGUUCUGUCAUCAUUAAGCACUAUAGUGUGGCAGUAGACCUCAGUUUUAGAUUUCAUUGGCAAGACUCAGAUACCUGUGACAACAUCCAGAACUCCUGGAAAUGGAUAUAACUAAUCUCUCUGAAUCCCACAUAAUAUAUUCUAAAGGUCUGAGAGAAGAAGAACCAAAAAUAAGUGACAGGUCACAGGGCACAGAUCACAUGUAAACUAUUUAAAACCACUUCAUGCUCAGAUUUAUGAAGAGACUAUUUUCUGCUGUAGCAUAAGUCAAGAGUAUCCUGCUGGAGUCAUGUCACUCCAGUUUAUUUAUUUAUAUCUUAACUUGAGACAGUUUUAGCAUUUGCUUUGUAAAUCUUGUCUGGGAGGGAGAAUUGUAACACAAGAAGUCUCAAAUUGCAGUCUGCUUGCCUCUCCGGAGGCUAAAAUACAUUGUUUUGCCUGUGGUUGCAAAACUUUCAGUGAAGAUAAUCUCUCCAGGGUAAGGUCUCUGGUAUUGUUCUGUCUUCAGAAAUAACUUUCUAGCUUCCUAAUUAAGUUAAGCAGGAAAGAUCUAACCUGUCGAUGCUCCAUUGCUAUAUAACCUUAUGUUAGCCAUUUUGAAUGCUUACUACUUUCAUGACAACAUUGGUGCAUUUUUUGAUUACCUAAACAGACAUUCCUUAACUGUAUUGUAAGGAAUUACUGUUUCUGUUGUGAAGUCAUUCUUUUUCUGGAUCCUUGUUGGGAAAACUUGACAUGACCAUAGACAUUUUUAACAAGCUACAGGCAGGUUUUACCCAGGUGACCUACUACACUCAUUCAAACAAGACGAGCUCAGAGGGGAUGUUCCAACUUGUUCACAAGUUCUGUUCUUAUGUAUAAAAUAUGCAGGUAGCUUUUGUCUGGAACAUCUGUAAAAUGGAGACAGGCAUUAAAUCUCAUUAAGAGCUAUUUUUGUAAAAUGGAUAAA